UUGCAGCUAGCGAUAGCUUAUGUUAUUAUCGGCUUAGCAGUGAUAACAGCAUCAUUAGACUUAUGCAGUUCAACGCUUAAACGAACAUUCACAAAGUUGCAUUAUUUCGGAAGAAAAAUUCGCGGAGCACGCCGUGGUUUUUCUAAUGUUAGCGAUGAUAUCCGAGAAGCAAUAAGAAUUAUCGCAGCUCUUAAAAAAACAAGGCCAAGCAAAGAACGUAUAACAUUGGAGGAUUUGAAACGAUUCCUUGAGGUGCAAGAACAUCUGAUCAGGCAACCUUACGUGCCCUACAAUGUUCAUAUAUUUCGAUGGAUCGAAGAUGCUUAUGCGCAAUAUUUUGACGAAGCAUCAUCAAGCGAAAAAGAAAAGAACUCGACAGCUGACCCCAUAUUGUUUUUUUGA